AUGAUGCUCUCCACCUUCGUCGUACUCCUCUUCACGGCUGUAUCCUUGGCUCUAGAGGAUCUCGAUGCCACCACCUUCAACGUGGAUCUCUCUAAAUUGCCCGGAUUUGACAGUCUCCAUGCUCCUCAAAACUUGAGCUCCCAUGCAGGCCAUAUAGAAAUUGACAAUGGACAUGGAUCUCUCUUCUUUUGGGAUUUCUACAAUGAUUGGGAAAAAGACCGUGCAUCUGGUGACAGUGAUAGCGACCGACCCCUUCUUAUUUGGUUGAAUGGCGGCCCCGGUUGCUCGUCCAUGGAUGGUGCACUUAUGGAGAUUGGUCCUUUGAGGGUGGAUUCUCAAGAAACGCUAGUUUGGAAUAAGGGGUGGUUCGAUAAAGUUGAUAUGAUGUUCAUCGAUCAACCCCUUGGUACAGGGUUCUCCACCUUGGAUGGAGAAUACGAAACAAAUUUGGUUGACUCUUCAAAACACUUGGUUGAAUUCCUCGUUAAUUACGCAACUAUUUUCAGAGACCAAUGGGAGUCCCAUAAAUCAAUUAUAAUUGCAGGUGAAAGUUAUGCUGGUCAAUACAUUCCCCAUUUGGCCAAUCUAUUGAAAAACCAUUCUUUGAUUGCCGAAAAUAACAAGUCCCUCUCACUCAUGUUGGGUAAUGCCUGGAUCGAUCCUAAUCUACAGUCAUUAUCUUAUAUACCUUAUUUGAUGUCCCAUGGAAUCAUUGAAGAUGAUUCCAAAUUGGAAAAACUGCUAACUUAUCAUGAUCAAUGUCAAAAUGUUUUGCGCUUGAAAGACGUCCCAUUUGAAUCCACCCAAUGUGAAAUGAUACUAAACAAAAUCUUAUCAACAUACAGGAAAAAGGAUAAAAGUAACGGUAUAGAUCAAUGUCUGAAUGUCUACGAUAUAUCCAAAGUCGACAACUAUCCAUCUUGUGGUAAUAAUUGGCCUGAGUUGUUACCUUCAAUUACUCACUAUCUCAAUUUACCUGAGGUUCAGUCGGCCUUAAAUAUUGAUCAUAAAGAAUGGAUGGAAUGUAACAAUAAUGUCCAUCGUUCGUUUGACCCCCACCAGAUUUCCGCAAAGCUGCUCAAGGGCCUAUUGGAUGAUGGAAUCAGAAUUCAAUUGUUUAGUGGUACCAAUGAUUUGAUAUGUAACUAUCUAGGCACAGAAAUGGUAAUUGCCAAUUACAUAUUGAACGACCCCAGCUAUAAGUUUGAGAUGAACGCCUGGUUCCAUGAUGAGCAGCUUACAGGAGAAAUGUGGUACUCGAAUAACCUCACUUAUGUGAAAGUCAACGGUGCAAGCCAUAUGGUCCCUUAUGAUUAUCCUGUAAAAUCGGCAGCUUUGCUGGAUAUCUUGCUCACAGAUACAUUUCCAAAUACAUUCCACACAUCCUCCACAGAGGAGGUCGGUUAUGCGGACACAGACAAGGAUUCUGACGAGGUUACUGAUCGUCCAACAAUCACAACUAGGGGUAACAGGUGGAUUAUCGCAUAUAUUAUUCUCAUUUUACUGAUUGCGUCAUUAGCAUUCUACAUCUACCGAGCAUUGAAGUCUAGGAGAUACUCUUCCUUGUCUCAAUCAAAACCGACCAACACGUACACGGGCUAUGCGUUGGAAUGGAUGACUAGGCAAAACGGUGAGAAGAGGAAGAAGAAGGUUCAUUGGUUGGACAUCCAGGAUGAAAAUAAUGAUGGUGAUAGUAAUCCUAAUGAGAUGGACACUGACACCAACAAUGUUUACGAUAAUAACACAAAUAACACUGAUGAAGUCUACGACGGUGAAAGGAUGGAGAACGCAUUAGACGAUGUAGAAAUGCAACAGCUGCAGUCAUUACGAAAGGAGACGAAUGUGGGUCAUGAAGAAGUGUAA